AUGUAUGAGAGAACUAUAUAUUUAAAUUCAUACUGUUUUGACAACAAAAUGGUUAGGCGAAGGUGUUAUAUUUUAUUAAUAACACAAUGCAAUGUGUCAACUGUCAAUUUAAAAUGCUCUUUUACUUAAUAGUCGGUUAAAUAUAAUGAAAGAGCGCCAAAGGAAGAGAAAAAUGCAAGAUACUGCUGAGCAUGCCACCUUCUCCUACAAAAAAAUAGUUGUACCUGUUUCCAUGCGCAGUGUCUACUGGAAAUACUUCGGCUUCCCUGCUGACGAGAACGGCACAAUUCUAUCCAAAGAAUACAUAGUCUGCAGCAUCUGCCAAAGACAGAUCAGAAACAACCACAACACUACAAACCUCCGAAUACAUCUUGCAAACAGACACAACACUUUAUACACAGAACUACUCCAAACAAACUCCCCAUCAGAUUUAAACAAAUCAGAUAAAAAAGCUUUGACUUCUGAUUACCCCACCGAUACCAAAAGAACUUACACCAUUGAGACUGAUAUGGAAGGAGUCAUCAAAGUCACCAAUGAUUUGCCAGUUGAAGAUGCCAAAGCUGUUUAUAGUGCUUACGAUAGAGUAGGAAAAAUGGUCACAUGCAAAGUUGAUUUGCCUGAAAUUGAUGAUCAUAUGUAUGCUGAACAAGUCGACACACUUGAUGAAUAUUAUAUGCAGAAUCCUGACAAUUCACCUAUAGACGAUCACACUUUGUCAGAGAUCAUCACCAAGUUUAUUGUUAUGGAUAUGCAUUCUCCUGAAAUUGUUAACGGUUCUGGUUUCUUACUACUAAUCAAAACCCUCCAACCAUCAUCUGAAAUUCCUACUGUUGAAAAAAUUGAGCAACAAAUCAUUCCAUCCCUUUACGACGAUACAAAAAUUGGCAUUAUCCAAAGGAUAUCAGAACACAGACACUACAUAAGCCUUUCAAUUGAAGAAUGGCUUUCUUGCAAUGAAAAGAAUUAUGUUACUUUCUAUAUAAAUUAUGUUGAAAGUAGUUGCUUGAGUAUUCAAACAAGAGCUCUUAAAACUGUAUGCUGUCCAGAAGAUUCAGAUGCUCUAUAUUGGUCUGAUGUAUUUGAUGCAGUUUGCUCCGAGUUUUGUUUAUCAAUAGAAAAAAUUACAGCUGUGGUUGUGGGUUGGUGUCGAGGAGCGAUUAUACAAGCUGUAGAAAACAAAGGUAUAAGCGUAAUUCCAUGUGUCAUACAAACAAUACAAAUGUGCGCUGAAACAUGUUUUAGUCAUGAAGGUGCAUUAGAUGUCAUUGAUAAAUUGUGCAGCCGCAUGUGUAAAUUUAACAAUCAGGAUGAAUCCUAUGAAGAUUACCGUUCAGUGUGGCUCUCGACAUACACUUUAUUAGAAAAAUGUUUGCAGAAGAAAUCUAGUUUAAACAUUGUACACUACUUAAGUGAAAAAGAAUGGCAAAUUGUCAAGGAUGUUGUCACUGUUUUGGCACCACUUAAGACUACUAUUAUUACAUUAGGAGAAACUAAAUUACCCACAUUGUCUGUUAUAAAACCAAUAAUGUGGCAACUGACUACAUCACAUUUGAAAGCCAAGAAUACGGAUAAUGCAUUUGUGUCUAGAAUGAAAGCCAAGAUUUGCAAAAUUCUCAAUGAAAGAUAUAGUGAAAAGGCAUUAUCAUCAAUUCUGACCAAAGCAGCUUUCCUGGAUGCUAGAUUUAAAUUAUUGCCAUAUGCCCCCGCAGAGGAAUUGGAGGAAGUGCAUGAAAGCAUAGAAACUUAUGUAAAGGAAAAAUCUAGAUUGCGGACUUGUAGAAGCACGAGUAAAGAUCAGAGACGAAUUAGUGGUAUGCAAUUAUUAUUGGGCGAAGUCUGUUCAAACAAUUCCAACGACAAUGAUCCAGAAUCAGUUGCAUCACGUGAGUUCAUAAUGUUUCAGAGUGAAACAGCCGUUUGUCUGGAUCAGUGCCCUCUUGAAUGGUGGACUCAUAAUGAGAAUAAGUACCCAAAUCUAUACGAUUUAGCUAUGUUUUAUCUCUGCAUACCAGUUUGUUCAAUAAGUUUUGAUAGAAUGUCUUGGAAAAAAGCUAUUUAUUACCAGAACCAAAGAGCAGCACUUAGUAGUGGCAUCCUUGAUCAAAUCAUUUUUAUAAAUAGUAACUAUUAGAUUUAAGUUUAUGUUAUUGGUAGAUUUUUAGUUAUUGUAAAAAUUGUACAAAGUUUUUAUUGACAUUAUAUAGUAAUUGUUGGUAAUUGUGAACUUUCAUUAUGGAAUGCAUACCCAC